AUGUUUUCCGCUUUUCUUCGCUCAGCGGCGGACAUCAAGUCCCGCAUUCCGUUGCUCAAGGAUGUUCAUUUGAAUUUCAUCUUCCUCCAUUACACCUACAUCAUCUUCAUCAGCCUGGUUACGUCCGUCAUCAUCUAUCCCGGUAGUAAUCUCGACUACAUCGAUGCUCUCUUCUUCUCUGCGGGUGCGGCCACCCAGAGCGGGCUCAACACCGUUGAUUUCAACCUGUUGUUCACCUACCAGCAAGUCAUCUUGUAUUUUGUGUCUAUGUUGACCACCCCGAUCUUCAUUCAUACCAUGUUGGUCUUUGUGCGACUGUAUUGGUUUGAAAAACGGUUCCAACAUGUCGUUCGAGACGCCCGAGCGUUGCGUCACACCCGGUCCCGAUUGCGCACCAUCACCGAGGACAAGGAUCCUGAGGCGUAUAACAGGGAGGAGAAUGGCGUGGGGAACCGCUCAAUUGUCGUGAUGCGCAACACCCAGGAAAAUACUGGCGAAAAACCUCAGGAGCAACCCCCUUCCCCAGAAAUCAGCGACUCGGGUUCUGCCUCGGGUGCCGGCAAAGACGAGAGCGUUUCGGAGGACGAGGAGAACGGACAAAGAGGCAGACUGGGUUUUGGUCUAGGAAGCCUCCGGUUUCCCACUCAGCUAAGUCCUGACCAGCAUAUCGCGUUUCUAGAGAACCAGCGGAAGAAUACCGGAGCGUUGCGUAUCCCGAGCCCGAGGGAAUACGAUCGUGGCGGCGUGCCCCAGGUGCUUGAGGAUCAGGAGAUCCAGGAGGUUCCAUCACCUCGGACCAACGGUCGUGACGAGGCAGACGACCGGCAUUCGGAGGAGGGAGAUCGGGUGGGACCUUUAGGCGCACCGCACAUCACUAUCAACGAGCCGGACAUGGUGCGGACUAGGACAAGAAACUCGACUUUCCCGCGACUUGACACCCGCCCAACGAUGCAUGAAACGAAGGAUGUCAACGAUCCGUCGCCAUUGCAACGUACAACCACCCGGAGACCUACCCUUACCAGCGUAUACCGCUCGUUGACGCAGGAACGAGACCGAAACACGCUUCCGUACCUCAGCUGGAACGCUACGGUCGCCCGCAACUCCAACUUUGUUGACUUGACCGAAGAGCAACGCGACGAGCUGGGUGGUAUUGAAUAUCGCGCGCUGAAAACACUGGCAGUUGUCUUGAUGUCGUACUACGUUUUGUUUCAUGUUCUGGGAAUUGUCUGCCUCGUGGGAUGGAUUAUGACCACGCAUUGGGGCUCCGCGGUGACCCAGAUCGGCCAGGGCCGACCGUGGUGGGCGAUCUUCACCGCCGCAUCGUCCUUCAACGAUGUCGGUUUUUCUAUCACGCCCGAUUCGAUGAUGUCGUUCCAGGACGCCAUCUUCCCCUUGCUGCUUUUGACGUUCCUGAUCAUCAUUGGUAAUACAGGUUUCCCUUGUAUGCUUCGACUGAUAAUCUGGAUGUUGUCCAAAUUCACCCGCAAGGAAAGCCCUCUCUGGGAAGAAUUGAGGUUCCUGCUGGAUCAUCCUCGUCGCUGCUUCACUCUUCUUUUCCCUCGCAAUGCUACCUGGUGGUUGUUUGCGAUUUUGAUUGCCUUGAACGGGAUCGAUUUGAUAUUCUUCAUCAUCCUGGAUCUGAACGAUCCCACUGUCACCCGUCUUCCCGUUGGUAUUCGCAUUUUAGACGGGUUGUUUCAGGCAGCCUGCACUCGAACCGCUGGGUUUUCGGUCGUAUCUUUGUCCGAGAUCCAUCCUGCCGUGCAGGUGUCAUAUUUGAUCAUGAUGUAUAUCUCUGUUUUUCCGAUCGCCAUUUCCCUGCGACGAACCAAUGUGUAUGAGGAAAAGAGUUUGGGCGUGUAUGCCGACCCGGAAGAGGAUGAUGAUGACAAUCAGACUGCGCCCAGCUAUAUUGGAACUCACUUGCGACGACAACUCAGUUUCGAUCUUUGGUACGUGUUCCUGGGGCUGUUCAUCAUCACCAUUGUCGAGGGGGACCGUCUACAGCGCACGGAUCAGUAUAACUUUCAAAUCUGGUCGGUCCUCUUUGAAGUGGUCUCCGCCUACGGUACGGUUGGGAUGUCUCUUGGCUACCCGGGUGUCAAUGCCUCUUUUGCCAGUCAAUUCCGAACCCUGUCAAAAUUGGUCAUUAUCGCCAUGCAAAUUCGUGGCCGCCAUCGUGGCUUGCCCUAUACCUUGGAUCGGGCCAUUCUUCUCCCGUCCGAGCAUUUGCAUCAAGAUGAAAUUACCGACGCCGAGCGACGCGUGCGCCGACGGACCUCCAGCUUCAGCCAGAUGCCGUCGACCGACCGGCAGGACAAUGGCACAACAUCGGGCAUGGAUGCUCGAACCAAUGGCGACUCGAUUCUCCGACGACAGUCCACUCGACGAUCGCAGCGAUCGCAGCGGUAG